UGCCAUGGACGACCACCCAAAGUCCAUGUUUGUUCCAGAUGUCAAAAGAGGGAAUCCCAGGUGCAAAUAACCGAGGUUUCCAUCAGGACCGUUUUGAUCUUCUUCACACCCCACACAAAUACCCAGUCAGCUAUGACAAGCAAAUAUCUGAAAGUCUCGGAGCCCAGCUUCAUCCUGAUAUCUCAUGGACCAGUUCUCUGAAUACCCCACCAGCUGUACCAUCCACCCUAAUUUUGUCUAAAAGUGAUGAAAGUCCCUGUCCAGUUAGUGUUUCUGCAGACAAACAUGUUGUGUUUGUACGGACGCUUUUCCCCUCUCUUUCAAAUGCAUCCCGAGUUGGAGCGGUGGCACUCAAAAACAAAGACGUACCUACCGUCCACCAAGGCGUUCAGCAUCUAGAGUCCCACGACUCCCCCCAGAGGUCACUGAAUCAGAGUGACCUUGUUUGGAAACAGACACUACCAGAUGCUAUUGAGGAUGGAGAAAUUCGCAGAACAGUAGCAGGUGUUCUUGAUGGAGCUGAACAUGUUCUUUCUAUAUUUUUCACCAACAGUAGCUCAGCGCUGAGGAAAGUGAAAACUGACAGAAUCAAAAGAAAGCAUAUCUUUUCAACAAAGGAACAUGGCUGCAGCUCUGCGGAUGUCUCAUUAACAAACAGCGCUGCAUCCAGUGACCAGAGAACAGUUGAUGAAGAACCUGGCAGGCUUACCUCACCCCCACCGGUGAAAACUGUAGAUUGUGGAAUCACCCAGUGGUCUCCGUUGAGUUUAUCUGAACUCCCACCUUGUACUGUGGAUUCUUCUCACCAUAAUAAUAGUCCUGCUGUACAUGUAGAAAACAAUAUUUCCACAGAACAACUGCACCAUGACUCUGGCCAGCUAAUGGUCAGGCCACUUAUGAGACACACAGACUCUGGAUUUACCAAGAAAAAGAGAACAUUUGUUUACACUGUUGAGACCCCAAAACUGCAAGUUCAAGGAAAAGAAACGGAGUGUCAGAGGAUGGACUCAUCCCCAGUUCCCGAUUCUGGACGAGAAGUUAAAGUGAAGCAGUUGAAAGCCCCGGAUGAAGCGGACCGUUGCAGUGUCGGGAUGAAUGAGGUGCAAAAACGGGGAAAUCUCGUUGACGUAAAUCUGCGUCCAUCUCUACAACCAAAAGUCCAGGAUCUUGACAUGUCGCAGCUUUGCAAAGAUUUUGCACAAGAUUUCAGUCAAAUGUCCGACCCCUGUAAAGUAGGAGAGGAUACUCCUGGAAACGGCUUCUCUCCAUCAACUUGUCUGUCAGCGAUGAAACGAGCUAAGCAGAAGGCAAUGCAAGCGAAGCCUCCCCACUACUGGGAUGGUGUCGGUCCCAGAAGACAGAAUAACCCAAUCAAUGAGAGAACAACAAGUGACAGUGGAUUCCAGUCUGCUGGUGCAGAUAGCGCUAAUGGGACUGUACCAUCGUUUGUUCUCCCCAGCUCAGAGAUGAAUGGUCUGCAGUGGACCGAUAAACAAAGGGCCACUCCUGUCACUUCUACAAAUAAAGGGAAUGGAAAAGCCUUUUUCGAUGAUAUUUUACAAGAAUCCAAAACCGAUGCGAAGCGGUCCAGUGCAAUCGGGGAAAGCCAGACACUGGGCCCUGGUAGGGAGAGUGAGCUGCAGAGAGAGAGCACAUCAGCACGACGGGCCAGCAGUGCAAAAGAAGCUUUCGAUAACAUUCAUUCCAUUUCACUUAAUGGUCAAGCUUGUGGCAAUCUGCCAGAGAAGACAGUAUCGCAUCCUUCUGUCCAUCCAGCAGGAUUCACUACCGCUUCAAAUAAGGGGAUACACGUUUCUUCAUCCAACCUGGAAAGAGCCAAGCGUCUCUUUGCUGAGACUGAAGGAGAAAGAACUUCAAGUGACCAGCCCACCAAAUGUGCCCACCAUACUAAAGUUGAAAGGAGCGUGAGUCAUGGAUCAGGGAUAAAUCCAACCACUAACUCAAACAAGACAUUUUCUUCAAGUAAACCAAAUGAAGAUAUCCGUUGCCAGUUAACAGUUUCACAAAAAGCUGAUGUGACUGAACUGUGCAGUCUCUUGGAAGAAGCAGAUAGCCAGUUUGAAUUCACACAGUUUAAAACUGAAAUGCCGAAACAAAACUGUCAAGCGACUGCCGCCUCUCCCCGAAAAGUUCACAAAGAACUCGAUCCAGAAUUUCUUUCGGGUAUUGAUUUUGAUGACAGUUUUAGCUCAGAGGCUGAAAAGCACCUGGCAGCAAUUGUGAUGCCGGACAAAAUGAUCUCUAUUUCAGAUGGUAAAAGAAACUGUGAAACAUCUGACGUCACACGUAUUUCCACAGGAUUGUCAUUGUCCAGCGCAGUGAAAAAAGAAAAUUCAUCUAACUCUUCACAGCACAUCUCGGAAGGCAGUAGUAGUGUUAUGUCAGCUGAACCCAAAAAUCUUGACGGAGCUGGGCACGAGCUGCAGAACAAAAUUCCUUUAAUGCUUGGGGUAGGAUUUAAGACGGCAGGAGGAAAUGUUUUAAGGGUUUCAAAAAAGUGUCUGAGCAAAGCUAAAGCUUUGUUUGCAGGUUUGGAGGAGAAUCUUGUGACGAGUCCAACAUCACCGGACAAGCGAAGCAGCAAAGCUGAUGCUCAAAGACCGUUUGGGCUCAGUGUGGAUAAACCCACGAAUAACUUCCUGCAUCAUAAAGAGGAUCAAUCUUCGUUCACAGCUUGUGGUGACGAUACUGAGGGGGGCCUUCAGGAUGGUUUUUCCAACACAAACGGGCAGGUCACAUGCAUUCGAGAUGGAGAGGCUGCAAAAAGUUUGAGCUGCAAAAAGGACACAGACGCGUGCCAAAGUGGGUUCCAGAUGGCCAGUGGAAAAGGAAUUUCUGUUGCAGCCAAAACUAUGCAAGAGGCCGAGGCGCUCUUCAGCGACUGUCAUACAAUUGACAGUAACGCAUGCAAAAAAAGCAUAGAAGCCUUGCCUGGAAGUGUCGGUCAUGAGGGAACUCUUCCAAAAUGUGAAGUUCAAGGGAUGAAAGUAAACUGGUCUAAAGAACCACUCCGUGAGUUUGAAAAUGUGAAUGCAGGACCAGCUGCGUGCCAGACAGAGGUUGUAAAGCCUAACGAGGAGACACACAAUUUGGGUUUUACAAAAACAACCAUAACAAAUGAUGCAGACCCGUAUUCGCCUGCAAAGACACUUUCAUCUCUCUCAUGCACAUCAUCAAAGAAUAUUGGCUCCUCUGCCAACCGUGAAUUGAGCAGUGGUGGUGGAUUUUGUUCUGCCAGUGGGAACAAAGUGUCUCUGCCAGCCGAUGCACCAAAGGAAGGAGAGCGUCUCUUGAAUGAAAUUCCUACACCUGGGGAUGCAAACGAGCAACAGAAAAGAAAAGGGGAUGCUUUAAGAAGCGUCCAUCGCUGCUAUCCAGUUCAAUGUUCACCACCUCAAAGUGGUGGGUUUCAGACUGCCAGUGGCAAAGGAGUGGCCAUUUCAUCCGCAGCGCUCAAGAAAGCAAAGAUGUUGAUUGAAUGUGAUGAAGUUAAGGAUACAAUCUUUGUAAAACCAACCCAUUCCAAAAUGCCAGUUCCUGUUCCAACACCCAGGAAUAGUGGAUUUCUGGCAGCAAGUGGGAAGCAAGUGGCAUUUUCGUCUGAGGCCCUCCAGAAGGCCAAAGCUCUCUUCGGUGACAUCGGUUUGGAUGCAGAGAUCCCAGCUGCUGCAGACACCAGGGACAGCAACAAGACACAAGACAAGGCUGAAGUUCCAGAGAAGAUGCAUUGUGGUUUCACAACGGCAGGGGGAGCAAAAGUCCAUGUGUCAAAGAAAAAUCUGUUGGAAGCAAAAAACCUUUUGGCAGAUUUUGAUGACGGUUCUAUUUCAGCAGAAGCAAUGCAAGAAGCGGAUGCUUUUUUCAAGGACUGUGUCACUAUGGAUGGUAACGAUGGCAUGUCAGUAAAACAGAAGAACGGUUUAACACCUGACUGCGGAAGUGGCAGCGAGAUGAAACACCCUGUUAGAGGGAAAGUAGAUCAGAGGUUGAACAUAAACAUCUCUGAGGAGCUUCGAAGGGGACCCGCUGAGUUUGAAAAUGUUAGCGUGGGAUUAGUUGAAAACCAAAAGGAAAUGCUUCAUCCUGAUGUAGAGAUUCACAAAGGUGCUUUUAAGAAGACAUUGGCUGUUUCCAACGCAGCCGCUCUACAUGGAAACCCGUCUUUGAUGACGAAGACCCUUCCUCCCCUAUCGUGCACAACAUCAAAGAACAUUAGUUCCCCCACCAUGAAUGAAUUGAGCAAAGGGGCUGGAUUCUGUACAGCCAGCGGGAAAAAGGUAUCUGUGUCUGCUGACGCAAUGACGAAAGCAAAGUCUCUCUUGAAUGAAAGCGCUACAUUUGAGGACUCAAACAAACCGCUGAAACAUGAAGAAAGCACUUUUCCCCCACAGAACGGUGGAUUUCAGACUGCCAGUGGCAAUAGAGUUGCUAUUUCAUCUGCAGCCCUAAAGAAAGUAAAAACUCUGUUCACUGAAUGUGAUGUUGAGGAUACAAUCUUUGUAAAACCAACCAAUUCCAAAAUGCCAGUUCCUGGUCCAACACCCAGGAAUAGUGGAUUUCUGGCAGCAAGUGAGAAGCAAGUGGCAUUUUCAUCUGAGGCCCUCCAGAAGGCCAAAGCUCUCUUCGGUGACAUCGGUUUGGAUGCAGAGAUCCCAGCUGUUCCAGACACCAGGGACAGCAACAAGACACAAGACAAGGCUGAAGUUCCAGAGAAGAUACAUUGUGGUUUCACAACGGCAGGGGGAGCAAAAGUCCAUGUGUCAAAGAAAACUCUGUUGGAAGCAAAAAACCUUUUGGCAGAUUUUGAUGACGGUUCUAUUUCAGCAGAAGCAAUGCAAGAAGCGGAUGCUUUUUUCAAGGACUGUGUCACUAUGGAUGGGAACGAUGGCAUGUCAGUAAAACAGAAGAAAGGUUUAGCACCUGGCUGCGGAAGUGGCAGCGAGAUGAAACACCCUGUUAGAGGGAAAGUAGAUCAGAGAUUGAACAUAAACAUCUCUGAGGAGCUUCGAAGGGGACCCGCUGAGUUUGAAAAUGUUAGCGUGGGAUUAGUUGAAAACCAAGAGGAAAUGCUUCAUCCUGAUGUAGAGAUUCACAAAGGUGCUUUUAAGAAGACAUUGGCUGUUUCCAACGCAGCCGCUCUACAUGGAAAUCCGUCUUUGAUGACGAAGACCCUUCCUCCCCUAUCGUGCACAUCAAAGAACAUUAGUUCCCCCACCAUGAAUGAAUUGAGCAAAGGGGCUGGAUUCUGUACAGCCAGCGGGAAAAAGGUAUCUGUGUCUGCUGACGCAAUGACAAAAGCAAAGUCUCUCUUGAAUGAAAGCGCUACAUUUGAGGACUCAAACAAACCGCUGAAACAUGAAGAAAGCACUUUCCCCCCACAGAACGGUGGAUUUCAGACUGCCAGUGGCAAUAGAGUUGCUAUUUCAUCUGCAGCCCUAAAGAAAGUAAAAACUCUGUUCACUGAAUGUGAUGUUGAGGAUACAAUCUUUGUAAAACCAACCAAUUCCAAAAUGCCAGUUCCUGGUCCAACACCCAGGAAUAGUGGAUUUCUUGCAGCAAGUGGGAAGCAAGUGGCAUUUUCAUCUGAGGCCCUCCAGAAGGCCAAAGCUCUCUUCGGUGACAUCGGUUUGGAUGCAGAGAUCCCAGCUGCUGCAGACACCAGGGACAGCAACAAGACACAAGACAAGGCUGAAGUUCCAGAGAAGAUACAUUGUGGUUUCACAACGGCAGGGGGAGCAAAAGUCCAUGUGUCAAAGAAAACUCUGUUGGAAGCAAAAAACCUUUUGGCAGAUUUUGCUGAUGUUAAAUGUCCUGAUUCAAACUCAACACGCCCACAUGACAUCUGUAGGCCAGAUCCAUCAAUAGUGAAAGGUGUGAAAAUACCCUGUAACGCCUCCACCGGCGCUGACAUGGACAUGUUUAGUCCCCCUCAGGUAGUUCAAUCGUUAUCCUCUUCGCAAGAGACUGACCAUGAAAAUGAAUCUCCUCAAAGUCGAAGUGUACCUGGGUGCAUUUUGGUCAAAGACCAGGCCCAUGCAGAUGCAUUUAGGGUAAAAGAAGGCCACAUUUCCCCUGCACUACUGGGCAACCUCCAUGGCGGCCUUGUGGAGGACGUGUCAGGACUGUUGGGCUAUAAAAUACAGCAGACAAGCAGCAGAGAAGGCUCUCGGGUCAAAAGGCCGCAGGUGUCUUCAGUUCUAAACUUCCAGUCACUUAACCUAAGCGGCUGCACUGAAACCCAGCAGAAGCUGUUCGCCCAGGAAGCUCUGGACUGCACCACGGCUUUGUUAGAGGACGAAAGUCUAGCCGGCCAAAGUCUCUCAAUGACUUCAGAAAAUACCAGCCACAGAUCUGUACCGGGACGACAAGGGACCGAGAAAAGAUUGAUAGAGGACCCAGAUAUAACUGGUCAGCCUCCCCUGAAAAGACGAUUCCUGGAAGAAUUCGACAGAACUGUUGAUGGUCCCAGAAGUUCAACACUCCAUCCGGAAAAAAGUUGUCCAAAUGGUGUGAUGAAAGACAGAAGGGUUUUUAAGUACAGCGUCUCUCUCCAGCCAAACAUCACGAGGCCACACGCCGAAGGAAACAUGUAUGUGGAAACCAGAUUACAUAAUACAACACCAACACAACGCUCAACCCCAGAAGAAAACCCAUCAGCACACUCGGGGAAGCCAGCGUUUGUUCCUCCUUUCCUCACCAAUACAAAGACGGAGAAUCGCAAGAAUACAAUGGUCAAGGACAAUAUAAGAACACCUUCUGCUUUUGUUCCUCCUUUCAAAAAACAAAGACCUUUUGUCCAGCAGAGCUCUGCUAAACCACAAGUGGAGGAGAAGGAGGAUAAACACCACCAUCUCUUUGUAACGCCUUUUCACAGAAACCCUUCUGUACCGCCCACACACACACAACGAAGCACUUCAGAAUUAACUGGUGAUAAAAGCAAAGAAGACAUUGAGACAGUGGCCUUGGCCCACAAUGCAAAUGACAAUCUGAUGAAUGAGGAACAGCUCCCUGUUGGCUGUGGAUCAAAGGACUCUGCUGCAGAGACAUCACAUAUGGAGGACACAUUCUCCAGAAGCCAAGACAUAUUUCAGAAUGUAGAGCUGGCACGAGAUAUGCAAGACAUGAGGAUCAGGAAAAAGAAGCGCCAGACCAUUCGUCCUUUCCCGGGGAGUUUGUUUCUCACCAAAAGCUCCGGAGCGACACGGAUACCAUUAACGACUGCAGUGAAUGGAAGGCCUCCUGCAAGAUACACCCCCAAACAGCUGUACGGACACGGAGUUCAUCAGCAUGUGUGUGAGAUCUCCAGUGAGACGGCCGAAUCGUUUCGCUUCAAUUUGAAGCAGUUCAUCAAACGGGAAGCUUUUCUCAACGGAGGUGGCGUUCAGCUUGCUGACGGAGGAUGGCUGAUCCCCAGUAAGGAUGGGACUGCAGGGAAAGAAGAGUUUUAUAGAGCAUUAUGUGACACCCCAGGUGUGGAUCCAAAACUGAUCAGUGAGGCUUGGGUAUACAAUCACUACCGUUGGGUUGUGUGGAAGCAGGCGUCCAUGGAAAGAUCAUUUCCAGAAACAAUGGGCGGCCUCUGUCUCACCCCGGAGCAGGUUCUCCUGCAGCUGAAGUACAGGUAUGACGUUGAGGUGGACCACAGCCGCAGGCCGGCUCUGAGAAAGAUCACGGAAAAGGACGACACGGCAGCCAAGACGCUGGUCCUCUGUGUCUGCGGGGUCGUCUCCAGGGGUCACUCCCCAAACAGACAGAGCUUCAAUGACACCAAGACUCCACAAGGUGCUGAUGCCAGGAUAGAAAGUCCAUCUGCAGUUGUGUGGCUGACAGACGGAUGGUAUGCCAUUAAAGCCCAGCUGGAUGAACCUCUGACCACCAUGCUUCACAACGGUCGAGUGGCUGUCGGUGGCAAAUUGAUCAUCCAUGGGGCUCAGCUGGUGGGAUCACAAGAAGCUUGCCCCCCUCUGGAGGCACCUGAAUCUCUCAUGUUAAAGAUUUGCACCAAUAGCUGCAGACCCACACGGUGGAAUACAAGACUGGGAUUUCACAGGGAUCCAAGGCCGUUCCUGCUUCCUGUCUCCUGUUUGUACAGCAAUGGAGGACCGGUAGGAUGCGUGGACAUCGUCGUACUGAGAAGCUACCCGUUACAGUGGAUGGAGAGGAAACCAGGCGGAGGCGUCGUCUUCCGAUCUGUUCGCGCCGAAGAGAAGGAGGCGAGACGAUACAACGGCCUCAAACAAAAAGCCAUGGAGAUCCUAUUCGCCAAGAUUCAAGACGCAUUUGAAAAGGAGGACAAAGAUGAUAACAAACGUCAACGAAGAAGACGGACAAUCAGUCGUCAGGGUAUCGCGAGUCUUCAAGCCGGAGAAGAGCUCUAUGAAGCGGUGGGGGAUGACCCCGUUUACCUCCAGGCUCAUCUGAGUGAACAACAGUUGGAGACUCUCGGCGCCUACAGGUGUUCUCUGAUGGAGAAGCGGCAGGCUGAACUGCAGGAUCGCUACCGACGAGCUUUAGAAAGCGCAGAGGACAGCGAAGGUAGCUGUCCCAGGCGAGACGUGACACCUGUGUGGAGACUCUGUGUUGCUGACUCCAUGGCCCAACACGGCAGUGUUCAUCAGCUGAACCUUUGGCGACCCUCCUCGGAUCUUCAGUCUUUGCUGAAGGAAGGCUGUCGAUACAAAGUCUAUAAUCUUACCACUUCGGAUGGAAAGAAACAUGGAGCUGUUCAGCUGACUGGGUCAAAGAAAACCAGGUUUCAGGACCUCCAGGCUCCUCAGGAAUGGUUAGCAACACGUUUUCAACCGAGGGUCUCUACCCGUACUGUGGAUCUUCAAAAACCAGAAUUUCAGUCACUGUGUGGAGAAGUUGAUGUCACAGGAUACGUCAUCAGUAUCAUAGAUGGACAGGGUUUCUCUCCUGCGUUUUAUGUGGCCGACGGGGAACUCAACUUUGUUAAAGUGCGCUGUUUCAGCAGCUUUGCUCAGUCCGGCUUGGAGGAGUUGGUAAAACCGCGUGUCCUGUUGGCUCUGAGCAACCUGCAGCUGAGAGGUCAGUCCACAUCGCCCACUCCGGUUGUGUACGCUGGAGAUCUGACCCUCUUCUCAACAAACCCAAAGAAAGGUCAUCUACAGGAAUCACUCAGCCAGAAUAAAAACCUGGUCCAGAGUCAGGAAAACUUCUUUCUAAAAGCUGAAGAGAAGCUUUCAUAUUUAGUCAGAUCUGAUGGCCUGAGAUCCAUCUCCUCUCCAGCUCUGCAAACACGAACCCCGGCGUUUACACCGGUCAGAAGAAAAGACACAAAAGCCACGGGGACCCCUCAGCAGCUGGUCCGAAGCCUUGGAUCCUUCACACCUGUCAGCAGGAAACCUCCUGCAGCAAACUGUUCGACAGAAAAAGACCCGAGCAGUAUGACGAGGAGGAGAGCUCAGGACUAUCUGUCCCGGAUCCCGUCUCCACCACCUCUCCUCCAUCUGGGCUCAGAGUCUUCUCCAUGUGUAAAUAAGACAUUCAACCCCCCUUGGAGGUCUGGGACAACAAGCACUUUAAACACUGCACAGACUCCAGCUCGCAAACCUGGCAACCCACCGGUGGAGGAUGAAUGGGUGAAUGACGAGGAGCUGGCUAUGAUUGAUACUCAGGCUUUGCACGUUGGGGAUUUACUGUAGGAACAUAAGACUGUAAGAUGACAAGCACACUCACACUUUUAAAACACUGUACAAAUAAAUAGAGGCUGUAUAUAGAAACAUUCUUUGUGGUUGAUUUUGUUGUCCCACUGGUCAAAUUAAAGAGGGGAAAUCACUGAA